GAGAUCUGGAUCAUUAUACACUUCAUCUAUCUACUAUACAAUUCCAUCGCAAUCCAAUCAUAAAACAAAUCAAACCAGAACGACGCGAUUCAACCUAAUUCAACUCGAAUCGCCAUCAAAUACCAAAGCAGCCAUGCCUUCCCUCGUUGAAUCUCUCACAAACCUCGUCUCUUCCAUCUUCAACGCCAUCAUCGCAACCUUCAGCUCCAUCAUCGCCUUCCUCCAAUCAAUCCUCAGCACCAUCCUCGGCCUCAUCAAUGCACUUUUCGCUGCAGUCGGUUCUGCUCUCGCGGGUAUUGCGCAGACAUUUGAGGGAUUGUUGAAGUUUGUCUUGAGCAACAUAGUUAUCAUCGCCGCCCUCGGCGCUACCUUCGUCGCAUACACCGUCUAUCAACGCAAUCAAGGAAGACCUAUUACUGCUGCACCCGGUAGCUCCAAGAAGACUUCUUGAACUUGUCCUCUCUCGAGUCUGAGUAUCCAAACGGGCGGUGGAGGAAUGCGAAAUGAAGAAAAUGAUCGCUAGGAAACUUCCAGCUGAAAACACAUCAUGAUGAAAUACAUAACAGGAAUUCUGGAUGGAGUGAGUGAAAGGAAAUGAAAUGAUAGGAAAAUGAAAUAAGGGCGGUUCACUUGCGGAUAUGCUUUAUGAUACCUCACUAAGUAGUACUAAUACAAUAAUCAAAACACACGCCUGCA